UAGGGUUUCCGGAAAUUAACGGGGCCUUGCCACCGCUUUUUUGUGAAAGUACCACCAUGCCCCCGCUUUGUCAAAAAUAAAACUACUAUAUUAUGACGAACAUGCCCUUUUGUCAGCUCAUCGUGGGAUUAUUGCUAUCUAUUAUGACAAAAUAUUUUGCCAUUUAAACAAUUCAGGAAGGCAUAAUAUGACAAAAGCUACUAUGACGAUAUAAUAUGUCACUUUUGUGUUCUUACAUCCCGAUGUGGGAUGUCUAUUUUAUGGGUUCGAACGACGAAUCAUCCACCAAAACUGUCAAGUCGAGCGCUGAUCAAUCGAAGCUCAAGUCGGUGAUCGACGAUGGACAAAGUGGACUGCCGUCGCAUCUCAUCCUGCACCAGUCCGAGAGUCCCAACAAUCUGUUUGUUGGAGAGCUGCUCAUGGACGUUAAUUACGGCGAAUGGGUGGUGGACAUCACCGAUUCGCUGGUUGCUAAGAACAAGAUUUGCUUUGUAGAUGGCACUCUUCCGGAGGCUACGAAUUCAGCUGAGAGAGAUGCUUUGAGGCGUUGCAAUGCCAUGGUUAAAGGCUGGUUGAAGACAAUCAUCUCAAAGGAGGUUCGAAAUAGCGUGCGCUUUGCUCAUACAGCUCGAGAGAUUUGGGUGGACUUGCAGUCGCGUUUUAGCCAAGGAAGCUCGUCUCGACUUUAUGAUCUGAAGCGAAAAAUCAACAGUCUUCGGCAAGAGAAGAUGUCAGUGUCGGCUUUUUAUACUCAAUUGCGCGGGUACUGGAAUGAAGUCCACGAGAUUAUGCCUUCUCUUGACUGCACUUAUUUACUUUCGCAAUUCCUCCUACAUUCGCAAACUCGUCUUCCUUAACUACUUUCAACUAGUCAUUAUUGAUCAUUAAUUAAUUUCUCUAUAAUUAACUAGCGUAUUGUAU